CACGGCGACUUGGCGCGCCGUUGAUGUGUAACUAACUUACGUCUCGCUACCUUUGGAUUUACUCUCCGAGACCCGAGUAUAGUAUCGGUAUCAGCGCAGUCACGAAAACGCGACAGCGAAGUAGUACCAGCGGUUAAAACCGUCGCCGGACCUGCCGGCCGGCAGAACUCCAAUUCUCAUUGUGCCGCGACAUUCUCAUUUGGACGGGUGCAAAAUUUCCGCCUCGUCGCAAAUCUCCACAGUGUACGCGACAGUGCAGUUUCCUACCCAAACUUCUGGACUGUGUUAAUCAGUUUCCUCUAAGCCAAACUUCGGACUGUGUUUAUUAAUUAUUUGAAAAACAAAAAAUUAUUAAACAAACGGAAGGACGAAAUCUUCGCCCAAUCUGCCCUCAAGUUUAUCGACCAAGUGAUCAACUUUCCUACGAGUAACAGUGCAACAGUGUAGGAGAAACGUUCGAAAAUUCUUCUGUUCUGAACUUCGGCAAGGAAUACCAGGUCGCUAUGGAGUCCCACUGCCAGGCGAAUGGCAGCAAUAGAAAACUGAACGACGAGGACACCACCUACCCCUAUCUCGACGUCAACACCGACGACAUUGAAGAAAACUCUGACAACAAUGGCGCCAACAAUAAUAAUAUCAACAAAACCAACCAAAACAACAACACCGUGUGCACCGACCCUCAACAAAGGCUCGCCGUCCUGAGCUUCGAACAAGUUCGUCGGCUCAACGAUGUCAUGAACGAGGUCGUCAGCAUUCAUGGAAGGGGGAACUUCCCGACCCUGGAAGUGCGUUUACGAGAUCUCGUGACCGUGGUGAGGAGCAAACUCGAGGCGGAUCCAAGUAACGGUGGAGCUGGUAUGAAGGUGCGCGACAUCCGGUUGAACGGCGGAGCAGCCUCGCACGUCCUCGCGACUGAAUCGCAGCCCUACAAUGACUUAGAUCUCAUCUUCGCGGUAGAGCUGUCGAGCGGCCGCAAUUACGACAAAGUCAAGGCGGCCGUGCUAGGUUCCUUGUUCGACCUGUUGCCGGAAGGCGUCAGCCGCAAACGCAUCACUACCUGCAGCCUCAAAGAAGCCUACGUCAGCAAAAUGGUCAAGGUAAACAACGAGGGUGAUAGAUGGUCCCUCAUCUCCCUGGGCAACAACCGAGGCCACCGCAAUGUGGAACUCAAGUUCGUCGACUCGAUGAGGCGACAAUUUGAAUUUUCCGUUGACUCCUUUCAAAUUGUUCUCGACUCACUCCUGUUGUUCUACAAAUGCAGCAAGCUACCCAUCGGCGAGAAUUUCUACCCAACCGUAGUUGGAGAAUCCGUCUACGGGGACUUUCAGGAGGCCCUCUACCACCUGCACAAGAAGCUCAUUUCGACAAGGCACCCGGAGGAGAUCCGAGGUGGCGGUCUCCUCAAGUAUUGCAACCUUCUCGUAAAGAUGUACAAACCCUCCCAACCGGACUACAUCAAGACCCUCGAGCGGUACAUGUGUUCGCGAUUCUUCAUAGACUUUCCGGAUAUAAGCCAGCAGCGUGCCAAGCUCGAGAACUACCUUUGGAACCACUUUGUUGGACCCGAGGAGGAGGCCCUCAAGUACCAAUAUUUGAUACUCCUGCAUAGCGUUGUUGAAGAGUCAACGGUUUGUCUGAUGGGACACGAGCGAAGACAGACGCUAGCACUUAUUGAAAAUCUGGCUUAUCAAGUCCUCUGCGAGGAGCAACAACGGCUUUCCAAUCAGCAGGCACCGACGGGACCUGCUCCUACCUAUGUCUAUGCUAAUGGAUAUUACUACACCCCAGUGAUACCGACUGCGUGCUACACCUGCACCUGCAACUCCUGGAUGGCCUGCUCGUCGUGAUCCCAAAUUCAGUCGAGGGAAGCGUGACGAUCCAGGCGACAAAACGGGCAGAGGUGAUCAUUUUUCGAUCUAGUUGACUCGCCUACCUACCCAUCACACACAUACCUAUCUACCUACACCUAUUAGUUUCUGGUAGUUCACGGAACCAGCGAACCAAAAAAGCUUCGUUGACGAAUCAAGAUGAGGAGGAACGAGGAGAAACGGGGCGAAGAUUCAACUGGACUCCCUGUUAGAAGUGUUAAUCAUCAUCAGCUCGAGAGUGUUUCUCGUGGUGCUGAUAGUGAUGAAGAACGACAAUUACGUGUCCGGGAUCGAUUACGAGAGAUCUUUAUGAAAUCCCAAACAGUGCUGUGCGCAAAAACCGUACGGAGUGCCGCGUCAUGUCGAUCCAGUGGCCAAUACCGUCGGAGCGUAGCAUUUGAGACCUAGUGGUAGCGGUGGGUCAAAUUGUGAACUAAAAGUGAAAUUUGGUAUGUUUGUUCUUUAUGACCUUGGAUAACUUUUAAGAAGGGGUACUAGCUAUUUAAAAAAUGAAACUUGGAAUUGGUGAAUGAAUUAUAAAGUUUGGGUUCGUAGCUUAUUUUUAUUAUCAGGUAGACAUAAUGAGUCAUGUCUACAUUAGUUUGACAAGAUAAUCAAAAUAUUACCGUUAACCUAGAGGAGCACGUUUAAAAAAAUAGUUUGGUAUUUACAAUAAUUACACUCUGAAUUGAACUUCUUUUGUGAAAAACGAACAUCUCUUUAUAAAAUGAUACUAAAACAAUCGUAGCGCUAUUGCAAAUGUAGAAAAUCGGAUAUUAUUGUUAACAAUAGUAUCUUCAAAUCUCCAUGAUCUCACUUGAAUUAAUAUAAAUAGUAAAAUACUCUUUGAUUUUUAUUAAAUUAAUUUAACUUCAAUUAAAUGCCAUUUAAUACGCCUCCAAUUCACAGGACUUCACUGCAAUUCAUGUGAAUCUACUUCAAUCCAGUUCAAUUCAUUAAACUGACUUAAAAUGAUUUGAAUUCACAUAAAUUUUGUUGAUUUAACUCUAAGUAACUUGAAUUCCAUGAAACUUACUUCAAUUCCCUUGAAUUCCUUUGUAUUCAAUGCAAUUUAAUUGAAAUCAUUUUAACUCAUUUGAAUUCCAUUGCAUUAAUCAUAUUCACUUAAAUGAACUCGUAUUCACUUAAAUUUGGUCUUUUUUUAAGUGCUUCGGGUAAUCUUUUAUUUCAAUUCAACUGAAUUAUCUUGAGUGUUCUUAAAUUCGCGUCAAAUAAAAGCGUAUAAUCAAUAAAUAUUUAAAAACAAGAAAUCCGAAUUCCGUUCACUGAAUUAAAAAAAAAACUUUUUAUAUAACACAUUAAUAAGAUCUUAAACACCACAUUAAAGUUUGAAAAUGUAUUGUAUAAAAUUACUAAUCAAAUAAAAAUUUUACUUUAUAACAAUAUCCCGUUUAAAAAAAAUGUUAUAGAUUUCUAUUUCGACUUUCGUUUACCACUCUUUUAAUUUUGUUCAACCGAUAUUUUGUGAUAUUUUGUUCGAAAACAUAUCAAAAAAAGAUUGUAUUGUCUAUCUUGUCAAAUUAAUGUAAAAUAGCAACUCAUCCACUUGAAAAUGUAACGAAAAAAGUAUCAUUUUAUCCAGAUAAUGUGGCAACAACUAAUACAUAGAAUACUGGACUAAUAUUAGCAUUUGUAAUAUAUUCAAAAACUACAAAUUAAACACUUCCUUGCCUCUCGACAAAAGUUCUCUAAAAUCCCAAGCCAAAUUUCAAUCGAAGUUCAUAGUUUGCCCCAAAUGUAAAAUUUAUUCAAAAAACCGCUACCAUUAACUGCAAUAUUUUCAAGUCAUUCCGACUAACGCAGUUCGAGAACGCCUCAUAUAUACUCAUGGUCGAGACAGAUUAGAGAAUGAUAACACGAAUGAAAGAUACCGAGAAAACUAGCUAGUACGAAUGUUAAAUAGAUAGAUGGGAAGGUAAUAGGAAAAAAUAGCGAGAGACAACUGUCCCGGUCGCUGUUAAAUACUCGUUCUGAUUCCGAAUAUGAGGCACUAGACACAUUUCGGAGAAGAGGCGUUUUCUAUGCAUAUACGUAUAAAUAUACACAUAGCUAUUUAAAGAAAAAAUCUACAUACAAACAUACAUGAUGCAUAUUAUCUAUAAAUGAAUUAUUAUUAUUAAUUAAUUAAUUAAUGUGUGGCUGUGAACACAUUUCAUUUAGUUUCUAUGUUGUAAGAUCGUUGACAUAAAAGGGAAAACAAUGUGAGAUACCAAAUCAACGUCUCGAGCUCGAAUUACAACGGUUAUUAUUACCGCAGCCUGAAUUUCGUAGGCGACAUACGAAACAGCCACACAAUGCUCCACGGACGUUUUUGAAAAUACCAUAUAACAUGUCCUUUGAGGCGUCCUUUAUUUACGAGUCCGACAUUUUCGGGUGACUUAAAUAGUAGUCGAGAACACUCAUCGUUAAACUGGCAUUUUACACUCUCUGUAGUCUUAAAACAUUUAACCCGACACCAGAGUAUCGCACAGGGUGUAACAUAGUUCAUUUCGCAUUCCGUUUUCCUCGAUCCCUUGAAAAUCGGCUUCAUUUUUCCACACAAUCACCCUCCGAAAUCCAAAAUUUGAAUCGGAAGACUUGUCUUAGUGGAAAAAUUCGCCGAGGUUGAAGGAGUUCGAGAUCAAUGCUCAUGGAAAGCAGCAGCAAAUUUUUUGAUUGAGUUGUAUCCUUACCAAGAUUUUAUCUUAACUUUGAAGUUUUGUUUCUUUCUAGCUCCAUGAUUUGACUUAUAAUUUCUAUCUAACCAUUUCUUUAUUCUCCGGAUGCACCCCUAGCACUAAUCUCUUUUUAUGUUGGGAUUGAAGUUUUGAUUUGAAUUUAAAAAGUUUUCAGCUCAUGAGGAUCUCAGGCUUUAAGAAAUGAACUCCAGGACGGAAUCCAAAGCUAAUUCAAAUGCUUUAGUUCUCAUGAUUAAGAGAUCAUUGAAUCACUCAAGAAAAAAACUCAGAUAAUCCUCUCUUUAAUCAAAGGAAGGAUGAAGCAAAAUUGUCCAGAAAGUAUGUUUUCUUUUGAGUCGAAAAUUCGAUGAUGAUGUUAUCGAACAUUAUUGGAUAGGACACUUAUUUAUUGAUGUUUGUUUGAGAGAGUUGAAUUAUCUUUGAUGAUAUAUCUUGGUCACUGCAUUUUUCUUCAAUAGUUCUCGAUUCGGUUAGUCAGUCUCUACUUUUUUCCUGAAACUUAAACCAUGGGUUAUGCUUUGUUCCUAAAAAGAGAAAAUCCCUUUUUUUUAUUCCAAUGAAUUUUUCAUUCCAUUCAAUUCUGAAUCUGCCUUUUUGGAUAAAGCGUUUUUCUAAAAGUCAUAAUCUGAUGAUGAGAAAUUGUUAAUCAUGAUACCGAAUCAGCUUCAGGGACUUUGAACCGAUGAAUGUAAAUCAAGUGGCUUCAUUUCUUCUUGUCUAUUCCUUUUUUUGGCUCAUCCGGCUUUAAGGACCCUUUCAGAAAUUAUUAAUCUCCAAGAAUCCCCCGACUGGCUCUAGCGGAUAAUUUUUGGCAUUCAAUUCUAAAGAUGAUCAAGUAGACUGCGAGUGAUUCGGUUUCUUCUUGAGUUUGCAUAACUUCAUUAGAUACGACAAUUAUUUAAUAAGGUUGAGGAUGUUGUGCUUAUAUGUUACGAUCUCAGCUAGCUCGGAUCGAUAUCGUCUGGUGACCCCGUUAGUUGGCUUGCUCGCUCCCGCUCACUCACGCCCACAUACACAGGCGAACGUCGACUCUUGCUCAUUCGCUACUCGCUCGCUCACUCUUCCUUUCGAACGCAGGCGAAAGUAAGAUCAAAUAAAAAAUCUAGAAACUGGUUUUUCAGGUAUCGCACUAAUGCUAAAGAGGCAGUCGACAGUGCCACUCUAUGCCUCUGUCCUCCACAAUAUGCAUCUAUAUACUGGUUCCCCAUGUUUAUUGUACCGAGGUCGGAUCGCUUUCGUAUUCUUAUUCCUAUCCCUUUCGUAUUAUUUUUUCUAUCCCCUUCGAUCGGCACCCAGAGCUUCUGGAGGUCACCUUUCAACCUGUCACGCUACCAAAAUCAAAAAUUUGUAUUGAUGAACUCUGUCAACUUUUUCAUCAUCCAAGGGGAAAUUGACAUGGCCAAGUACAAGAUGAUGCAAGAGUUUGUAGAUCCGUUAUAGCUGAUAGCUGAGGAAUCAUCCAAAGAGAGCUGAAUCUUGUAUUUGAAACUAAAAAAAGUCUAUACAAAAUUACCUUCAGGACUGAUUGAUGAAUUAGAAUUAUUAAAUAGAAUGGCUAGGAGGAAGGGUUUAUAUCGUGUUAGUUUUGAGUGUAACCUGUAACUCACAAAACAAUGAAGACAUUGUAAUUAGAGACCAUUUUUUUUACAAACUUCCAAAUACAUUUUUGCUAAUUGAUUCUAGUUUGUUCCACGCUAGGAAAUUCAAUAAAAGGCACUUGUGUCCUCGCUAACUUAGGCAUCGCCGAAUGUCGACGCCCUCUAAUUUUAGCCAAUCUUCUUUUCAUCGAUUUUUAAAUUGGUCCUACUCUUCAAUUUUGUUCAGAGAAUUCCAUGCAGUACUUUUAUCACUCUGAUCACAAAAUAAGAAGGAAUCUUGCAACACUUCUAAAGCCCUCUGGCAAAGUGCCAAGAAAUGAAACAAAAGCUUUAGAUGUUGAGUUAGCUAAUUCUGUACCCUCUCGGACUAAGAUUCAUCAUAGUUAAAGAAAGUAUCACGAGAAACAUUCUUAUUCUAAAUUCAACAUUUAUUAUUCUAAAUUUCUAAAGAAUCAAUAUUCAUGAAUCUCUCUAUACUUUUGUGUAUUUUUUUCCUCGCGGAUAAAUCUGUCAAAUAUUUUCUUAAUGCACUUUUCUUCCGUGUGCGCACUAAUUAUUCACGCAUUCCGUAGAAAUAUAUUUCUGUUAACGUCAAGGUUGAUGUUGAUUUUAUUCAAAUGUUCUAUUGAUUUCAAUGGUUGAGAAAACUUAUUAUUAAGUCAUAUUUGUCAUUUAUCUAAUAAACUUGUAAGCACAGUAAAUUAUUCUUGUUUCGUAACUGUUAUAUGAACCUGUUAUCUGGUUAUCAAUUUAAAUCAUUGAAUUUCCAACUUGCAUAAUUCAUGCAUUAACUUUUCAAAGAAAUGUUCAAUUUAGGAGUGAACUGUUUGCCUAAUGAUAAAUGCAAUUAAUAUCUGUUGAUAAGAAGCUAAUCUUUUCUCGGAAUUCCCUUCAACUUGGUCCACACUCCAAUUCUCUUAUCAGACUAACCCCGAGUAUCAUGCUCGAGCAAAUAACUUUUCGCCGUUUGAAAUCCACUGAGUUAUGUAACUGAGAAGUCGAAUCAAUCAGAAUUUCUUCAUGCUUCGCUCUCUUCAUGUACGUCAUAUAAAUAAUGAUAAUAUAAUAUUACGAGAAAGUGCAGCGUGACUCAGGGGUGCAAUGGCCGAUCAAUAAUCUCAGUUUGUUUAUAAAUAUUACUAUAGUCGAUCUUUUGAAAUGGUUUUUUUUUUUUUAAAUACUAAAAUCGUACAUUUUUCCUCAUCAAUGCUAAUUGCUGCCGCUUUUCACACUGAAAGCACUUUGAUAUCUUUCGAAAGUAUCGUAGACUUUCAAAACAAACAAAUGUAGCGAUGAUAGGUAAAGAGUGUUCAAAAAUAUAAAUUUUUUAUAAGAAAAAUCAUGAAAUGGCACAAAUCUAAACUUCUUGCUAUGGAAGAUCUCAGAACCUGAUCUUGAAAAUAUAAAAUAGGAUUUUUCACCAAUUUCAGAAGGUCAAAUUCUGAGCCAAGAAUGAGAUUUUUGCCAAGAAAAAAUAUUGAUACAAUUUUUUAUGUCAGUUUCGAUUGUCCGUAAGGUUUUUUCGCGCCCUGCGGUGUUCAGGCUGUGCGUGAAAUGGCCGAGGAUGCGAAACAAUGUCGUUUAGAGAGUCUACUGAUUUUGCUAGUUUUUAGUCGAUAUUGUACAAUUAACGACGCGUAUAUAUUAUAUCCAGAUGUGUAACGAAAAUUACGCACUGAUCCGACACGCGUAGUGUCGAUAUAUACACUCACACACAGGUGCGCGCGCGUGCCAACGUUAUAUUUAAAUAAUGUAUGAACUGUACGAAUAAAAAAAAGUGUAUAAUACCGCAAAGCUGUGAAUAUUUUCUUCUUUCGCAAAAAACCGAUGAAAGCAAAGAUAUCAAACUUUUUUUACUCGUCUUAUCGUUCAAACCAAUUUUCUACCGUGCGAGCGCCCUUGCGUGGACAAUGAAGACUAAAUAUCGUUUUCGAUACAUUAUAUAUUGCCGGUCUCAGGAAUCUGAUUGUGACGAUUGUCGAAAAUGUAGAUAAUUCGCUAUUUAGCAUCUGCCGAAGAAACAGAAAUCUAUACUGUGGGUUUAAAAAUAAUUUAAAUGCAGAAGAGAAAUAACAUUUUAUGUAGAGGUUUGCGAAAAAUCGAAAACUGUGGAUCGAGUCGACUUUUCUUUGAAUUGGAUCGCGUUCAGUCGAAACUUUUGGGUUCUCAAGCAUUUUUGGGCUCUCGAACAAUUUUUCUUUCAUGGAAAGUUUCUGAUUCUCAGAACCAUUUCAGGUUCUGGAACAGUGACAUUAUUUUCUAUUCAGGGAAAAAAGAAUGAAGAAAAAUCGGAAAAUUUUCGAGCUUGAAUCCAAACUCGACCCGAUCGAGCUCCAGGUUUCGGAUUUUGUGUACAACCCAAAUUUUCUGUACUUGUGUUAGUUUUAAGCAAUUGCAAGAUUUUAAAAAGGGUGGAGUAGUCUAGAUCGAGGUAAUUGGACAAUGCGCGCGAGGUUCAUGUUUACCUUGUAUAAUGUUAUACAUAUACGUGUCCAUAUUCUUAUCGUUGCUAUUCCAAUACAGCAAAAUCGCUAAUAAUUCUCUGCAUAUUAUGUAUAAUUCUGUGAUGGAUUAUAAUAUAAUAUAUAGUGAUUAAUAGUAACUGCAACUGUCAUCAGGCUACCGUCUAGUGUUUAGAAAAGUACUAUUCUAUACCGAUUAACUUAAUAGGCCUUACACAAGGACGAGACUAUACGAAGCGAUAUUAAUGUACCAGAAAGAGUAUGUAAGAAAGACACUAAGGUAGACACAUACACCCACACAAAACGGACAUAUAUUACUUGUACACACAUCGUACGCUAUCCGUGCGCGUUCAUAAAAAAAAGCAGAGCUGACAAACAAGUACAAUUUUAGGGCCACGAAGAGCGGACGAUGAAAUUCGUAGAAGCUUAGAAAUUUGCAUCAACUUGCCGAAAUUCUUCAAAAGAGUCUUGUAAAACGAGAGUUGGGUCCUGGAUAGGAAUUUCUCUUUCCUAAAGACAAUGUUUCGGCAAAGGAAGAACUAUGAUUUUUGUGAUAUAUUUUUUAAUAACUUGUGAUAUAACGAUGUGAUCUCUUCUUUCCUGAAUCUAAAAACAAAGAAAGUCACAUAUCAAGUUAGCUGAGUGCCGAGAUACUGGCUUUAUCAGUUCUCUUGCAAACGAAACACGAUUUAAAUGUUAGUUCAAUUUAAAUUGUUUUUUCAUUUUUUAUUAUUUGAUUCUGUGGAGAAUUUCGACAAGGAAAUAUUGUAGAUUUCGAGAGGCUUAGUUUAAGCACCUAAUAAUGAUCAGAGAGUACUUAGGAAAUGUUUAUUUCUUCAGAGCGGCGCUCCCUCUCUAAUAUAAGGUACCUAAUACAAAAGUGGGAUCAGAGUAGAGAGAAAAAGCGACUUCAAAAUAUACAACAUUCGUUUUUCGAUUCUAAAUUCAAGACUGUCACUAAACUUUAAGGCGAUGAAAAAAAAAAUGUCUCUGAAAUUUAAUUUUUUUAAAUCUAAUAGAAACGCAUUUGGAAAAGUUUCAGAGCCAUUGAGAAAAUUAUCGAUGUAGCGAGGUAAAGAUUGAAACUCGUUUCAUUGAGGUCCUUCUUCUUUCCGAAAAGAAUUUUAAAAUAUAAAGAUAGAGGUAAAUUACGUAACCGCUAGAUUUAUCCAUGGGGUAUUUUAUAUUUGUUAUUGGUAUUUUAAAAUUCACAUCAGCUACUGUAGAGUUUACAAUUUUUUUCCCAUUUCUAUACUAAGUUUUAAAAAUGUAUAACUAUGUCUAAAUUAUAAAAUUAAUUGUCAACAAUCUCGAUGAAGUCGGAUUUCGUCUGAAAUGUCACAGACGCGCGUCAUCCAGCUGGUGUAAUUAUUAUCCUGCACAUUGCAUAUCGGAAGAAAAAAGACAUUGGCCAAAGCGACACACGCGCACGGAAAUCGAAGUAAAUAAAAGUAAAUUUAAAUUAAAUUCCACCUUCUAUUAAUUACAGAUGAAUCUAAGGAUAAUCAUAAUUAUUAUCGUAAUGCUACUGUUUAAACUUAACAUUAUCCACGUUUGUAUAUUAAGGAGAAAAGCAGAAAAAAAGAGAUAGUGUGUGUGAGAGAGAAAUGAAGAGAGAGAGAGAGAGAGAAUGUUCUAUUUUCAACGGCGUACAUUAUCACGAACACAUUGGGAAAAAAAUUUUAAUUGGGCGCCAAACUGGUUGAUUAUUUUUAAUUCUUUGACAUGCCCAUGGAUAGAAUAUUUAUAUAUUUACGUAUGUAUGUACGUGUAUAUGUAUAUGCGCUUAUAUACGUAUAUGCAUAUAUUACUGUAUGUAAAAGAAAUGUGUUAAACGAAUCUAUGCAUAAAAUGUGAGAAAUAAAUAUCAUUGUAAAUGCCGACACUCAAGAAUUUUACUUCUCUUUUGCUUCCUGACGUCCUUCCUGAAAAAUCCCUUCUUAUAGCGAGAAAAAGUAUUAAUAUGUUGGUGUAUAGAAUUAGCAAUUGUUGUAAUUUUUUUAAUAAAUGCGUGUUUUUAUUAUUAAACUGUA